UAGCCAAUUUCAGUUCUUUCACCAAUCUGUUCCCGACUGCAAAAGGAGUUACUUGUCUUAGCUUCUCGUAUGGACCGCCUCACCUAUCAAAGCACCUCAGACAUGCAGGGUGAAGAAAUCUAUACUUCCCUUCAGUGGGAUACUCCGGGGCCAAGCCCGUAUCAGAAACAUCUGUCUUCCACCAAAUGUUCAGGAACACGGUGUCUUGUGAUGGUGAUAUCAUGUAUUAUCUGUGUGGGCUCAGUAGCAGCCUCCAUUUUCUUGGCUAUUAAGUGGUUCCAGCUGUCCACUAUUGCAAAGAAGCAGGAAGAGAAGCUCACCCAGCAGGACAUAGCACUGUCGAACUUCACACAGUGGAAGAGAAGCCAUGACCUCCAGAUAAAGUAUUACCAAACCUUGAUGCAAAGCCGUUCCAGUUCAGCUUCUGUCUGCAGCUGUUGUCCAAAAAACUGGAUUCAGAAUGGAAAAAGUUGUUACCAUGUCUUUGAAAAUUGGAAAAUUUGGCAAAACAGCAAAGAGGAUUGUUGGAAGGAGGGCUCUGAUCUUCUACAAAUAGAGAGCAAAGAAGAAAUGGACUUUAUCAUUGGCAGCCUGGGGAAGAUCAAAAAUGACCAUGAUUACUGGGUGGGACUCGUUCAGGUUGGACCCACCCAACCUUGGCUUUGGCAAGAUGGCUCCUCUCCUUCCCCUGACCUGUUCCCAACAAAGACACCCCCAUCAACUCUCCAGCUCUGUGGAUACCUCAGAAACAAGAACCUUUCUUCCACUGACUGCGGACGUUGGAAAUACUCUAUCUGUGAGAAGUAUGUGUUAACAUCCUCUACAUGAAAGAAGUUGAGUUUGAAGUGAUCUAUUGCCAUAGUAUUUGGAACAGGCCAUUGGAAAGCCUGUUGCAGAAUGCCAAGGAGCAAGUGCAGAAGUAAAGUUAUAUGUGAGCUUAACUAGCAAAACUGGGACUCAAAACUUAUUUUUGCAUUUACACUGGGUAAUAUUCUUCAGUAUAUCCCAGGCAUUAUUUUGAUAAUGUUCAAGUUGCCAAGAAUAAAAUUGAUCUAGAGGACAAAACCCUGAAGGGUUGAGAACAAACUGAAGAAAAAUCAUUGUGAUUUGCCAUGCUUUUUUAAAAAAUCUAGAGUGACCAUAAACAUACAGAAAUCUAUAAGUCACUAGGGAAAUGAUGCAGUUCUAGCUGACUGAUUUUUUAAAGUAAAUAAAUGUGGACUUUUAAGCUCCC